ACAGAAAUAGAAAUAGAAUAGAAAAGCAUUUGACUGAUGUCUUGCUUUUCGCCUUGACUUUUCCUCACACUGAUUGCUUUAGGCUGGCAUGGGAGGGGGGCGCCCCAGCAGGCAAAAUAGCGGACGGAAUUUUAGCAUAGGAGACCUGGUGGAGGUGAGCAGCGAUGAAGAAGGGUUUAGAGGCGCAUGGUACGAGGCCACGAUCCUCAAAUCACUCUCUUCUUCAAGAAGCUGUUACUCUAAAAGAAAAGCCGAGGCCUUGAUUCAGUAUCGUAAUCUACUGUCAGAUACAGAUGAGAAGAAGCCAUUGACGGAGUACGUUGAUUUUUCCUUCAUUAGGCCUUUGCCUCCGGUUCCUAGUACUAUACCUGCCUUUGAACCACUUGAUGUCGUUGACGCCUUUCACCGUGAUGGCUGGUGGAAGGGUAUCGUCACUAAAGUUGAUGUUUUUGAGGAUGAUAAGACCAACUCAAAGAAGUACACUGUUGUUUUUGAAAACCCACCCGAACAAUUUCAGUUUCUCUCUAAAGAUUUGAGGUUUCAUUGGGAUUGGAGUAAUGGGGCAUGGUCUCGACCCCAAAAACAAAAGAGAAUGGAAGGAUUAAGGUUUAGUAAAGGGAUGGCCGUAGAGGUGAAUCUUGACAAAGAAAACUUAGAAGAUGCUUGGUUUCCAGCAACUGUUCUUGAGGAAGUCGGCUUCAAUUCUUUCUUGCUAGAUUAUGGCAGCUCAAAUGGUCAUAUUAAAGAAACUGUUGAUUGCUUCCACAUCCGCCCUCCCCCUCCUAAGUUGGAUAUUACAGAAUUUGAGAUCCUGGAAGCAGUUGAUGUUUUCCAUGAGUCAAGUUGGAGGGAAGCCCUCAUUAUCAAAAUUAUUACGGAAGGAAGGUACAGUGUCUCUCUAAAGCAUGCAGAAAAGGAGAUGCAGCUGAGUCAAUCUGAAAUAAGGCCACAUCUCUCUUUGAUGGAUGGUGUAUGGGUUAAUCUUGCCAGGGAUAUAUCUAUUGCUGUACAAUAUGAAGAGAAGAGAUCAACAAAUGCUGACAGCAAUGCAGAAGACCAUGAGGUAGCUAUAAGUGUUGAGAGUUCAAUCAGAGCGAUGAAUGAGAUUGAAGAGAAAUCUUCUUGUAGAAAAUUAAGCACAGCAAAGGAUUACAGAGAAGAGAAAUUGUUUUGCAAAAAGUCAAGGAAGAAUCCAUUAAAGCAGUCAAUGGCUUGUAAUGCACAAUCACCAAGUAAGAAAGUAAGGAAGACACCACCUAAAGGUGGGGAUGCACUUUCAUGCCCUUCCAAAAAGUUGAAAAAAGCAAACUCUGUCAAACCCUUGUCUUCCCAAGCAUGUCAUGCAGAGUUGACGCCAAUCAAGACUAUAAACCAAGAAAUGCAAACCAAUUGCUCAACCGAUCUCCGAAAUAAUGUUGAUCCUAGUCCACAAGAUGCUUUACUGGAGAAUAAAGUGACAGGCUACAUGGAGAAAAGGGAAAGACAGAUGAGUUCUAAAGUUACAAGCCAGUGGGUUCCAGCAGUAGGCAGAGAGGAAAAGACAAAAGGAGACUUGGCUGAAAUCCUAGUUGAAAUUGAGCACAUGGAAAAAGAUGCUCACUCCUCCUUUUCCUUAGUUGAGGGGAGGAGGGGCCUCCAUGCAGAAAACGCUUACCAACAUUCUGAUGAGGUGAUUAAUCAGAAGAAAGAAAGUAGUGUGAUCAGGCAGCAGAAAGAAGGUGAACAGAGCAAUAUAGCUGGAAAUGGUAAUAGUGAAAUUGACUUUCAAGAUUGUGCAACUGAAGAGGCUGAAUUGUCUACAGUAAUCAGCAUGGAGCAUUUAGAUGUCUUGACCGGAUCGUCAGCCAUAGUUUCCUUGGAAAAUCACAAGGCAAAAGAAGUUAGCAUGGCUGCUGUGAUGGAAUCCUGUAACACUCAAGCUCUAUCAACAUGCUUUCCAGGUAAAAGAGAAAGAAAAGUAGAAAAUUUCAAGCAAUCUUCAGUGAUAAAUGUUCCGGAAGCCACUGAGCUUUUGGAGAAUCUAGAGAUGCCAUUUCUUAAGAGCUCACUUAUAUGGAAAAACAUUGAAUCUCUAGAAGUUUUCCAAGUCCUGCCACAAAAACCACAUUUCAGUCCUCUGAUUGGACAUAAAGAGGCGAGCCGCGAAGGAUUGGCUAUGGGUCAUAUGUUGAGCUUUGCAGUUCUGAUAGAGAAGAUGUCCAAGUUGCGAGUUGAUGAUGGUAGAGAAGUUUUCGAGAGCUAUAUGGAAGUCCUUGCUGAGCUUGAAAUGCAUGGAUUUGAGGUUAAGGCAAUAGCGGAGCGCCUUGAGAAGUUGCUGUCAAUCAAAGAUAGGUGCAAACGGCUAGAGGAUGAGGCGAAGAAGGUCCACAUUGGGAUGGCAGAGGGUAAGAAUGAGAAAAUAAAAUUGGAAGAGGAUAUUGAUAAAAUUGAGGAGCGGAUAAGCCAGUUAAAAGAGCAACGGGCAAUGAAAGUGUCGAUGAAGAUGAUGAAAGAUUCUGAACUCAUCACUCUGCAGGUGAACGCUAAUGCUGUGAAUGAAGAUAUUGUGAAUAUGGAGCAUGAAUUUGAAAACGUAGCUGCUGCACCUUGGUAACUGACGUCGUUUCCUAAAUGAUCCUUUGGCCCCAAGUGAAGUGAUUUUUCGCUAGAUACAACCAUCAGAAUCGGAUGUUUAUAUUCUCCUCCAAACAUAAAAAAAGUGUUUAUUGUGGUUUGGCUACUUUGUUAAUUGAGUUAUUAUGGGCUGGACAAAUCUUCCUUUAAUUCUUAUGCUAUUGCCAACUCCUUUGGGAUUAAAAUGAAGAUGGCUCAUUUGCAAUUCUGUAAUUUGAUAAGAGGGCGAAUUAUCACUUAAUAUAUCACAAAAUUUUCUUCUCUA